AUGGCGGAACCACUGCCGCGCCUCGCGGCGGGAACAAAUCCUCGUCUCGCCAGCCCACACUCGACCGACGUGCGGGAUGGGGAAUGCAUAAUCUUCAGCCUCCAGCCCACCUUCACGCAGGGAUUGAUUCUCGGGCAGUUCUCCAUCCUCUUCCUGCUCAUCCUUGUCCUCAAGUACCUCUUCUUCGACACCGUCGCGGAUCGCUCAUACCAAGCUUCUUCGUACCAACCGAAGCUUGAGAGAGACGAAGAUGAAGGAGUAGCCUUUCUUGCAGAGCGCCUAGCUUCGGGACUGGACAAGAGUGGAAAGACGGAAGCGGGCGGAUUGGAGAGUGCAGACUGGCUCAACGGCGUCCUGCGGCAGGUAGUGGAGUCGUAUCGCGUGAAACUGCGUGACGGCCUGUCUGGCGCGGCUGGCGAUGAGGUCGCGCGAAAGCGGGUCGAAGAGUUCGCAAAUAGGAUACGGCCACCAGGGUUCCUUGAUCCCAUCAAAAUCCAUGCCGUCGACUUGGGCAUUUCUGCCCCACGCUUGUCUCGGGCACGUCAAAAGCCCUCCGUCUCAAAGAAUGCAGACCCAGCCAUCGAAUUUGACAUGGACUAUGUAGACACGAUCUCGAUCUCCCUUUCUACCUCCGUCCUUUUCAACUACCCGUUCACGUCAUUCGCUCGUCUACCGGUCUCGCUCACGAUCUCUCUUUCGCUCUUAUCUGCAACAAUACUCUUAACGCCGCCACAGCCCCACUCGCUGCAUCCCACACUCGCAAUUGCCUUACCAUGUCCCGAGACUGACUUCACUCUCAACCUGCAGACGAAGUCUCUCAUGGGAAGCCGAGCCAAGCUUGCUGAUGUGCCCAAACUGCACGAGCUCAUCACGAACCAGAUACGACGAGUAAUUGUGGACAGGGGCGCGUUCAAAAUUGUGCUUCCGGGUCUCGCGAGCGUGGCCGAGGUCAAGGAAGAUAUUCAGAAAGCACGCGAAGCGAAUGGCUUGCCCGUGAACUGAAGCGCUAGAUUCUAUUAGGUGUCUCACUAUUGUACGGUCUAUUGUAGGUUGCGCGAUGUAUUAAUGGAUGGAGUACUGUACAGCAACGAAUGCGCAGGCCUGAAGGGCGUGCUGAGAAAUUUUUGCGCCUGAUUCUUCGCCCCGCAAUAAGCCCAGGUACGUGGCCCUCUACAAAAUGCAUCGCAAUGGCCUGUCGUCGUCAGAAAGAUGCGACUCGGCGUAGCCACAUUUGUAUGAAGCUAUCACGG